UCAGAGGCACAUCCUACAUGCAUCCAAUAGAAAAUAUACUUCCAAUUAUAUAUAUAGCUCUUAAAGCAACAGCAAUAAAAGCCGGUGUACACUUUUUAAAAUAUCUUUGCAAUAUAUUUUCUAGUGGAUGAAUGUAGAAUGUGCAUCGGAUUAUUACAAUAUGCCUGGUGCCUUUCAGCAAUAUCGACAAAAAAAGAACCGUCAAAAAUAUUCUCCGUUUACGUCGGACUUGACGCACCACCGGGCAGUGCAUUGUGCGCGCGACCGUCUCUCUGUGUAGUCGCGCGCAAGAGAUGAGAACCAGCAGUGGCGCCAAAUAGGAAGAACGUCGAACGUUCUGUAGCUAGCUACGUGCUGAUCACAUUCACAGCAUAGUAAACAAACCAUAACCAACAGCCAGGUAGCUAGCUAAAUACUGUAAGGUACUAAACUUUAAUUUUACUUAUGAGGGAGCUUGAUCACCAGUUACUUUUCCUGGAACUUCGAGGCAGGACCAGAAAUCGCUUGGACUAGUGGAAACUUGCUGAACACGCCAAGGUAAACUACGCGUCAAGUGUUUUGUCUCUGCUAGUCUGACAUCUUUGUAUUAGCUGCUAAGCCAUGUUGCUAGCUAACUAGCUCGCUAACGUUCCCCUGCUAAAUAAUAAAUAAACAAAGCAAAUGCUGUCAGCUACCGACAGAUCAUCUCUAGUGGCCACUUGUUGUCAUGGGAACACCCGGCGUCCACUCUGUUAGCCAGGAAGGAACAGCAGAGUCAGACAACACAGACAUUUGCAAUGGAACAAGCAGUCACAUAAAUAAAAUAGAACAUUAUUUAGAGUGCGUUAGUGCACUAGCUAGUUAUAAAGGGAAUAUUCUGUUUGCCCAUAAGGUUCAAAUUCAGUUUUUAUAAUACAGAUAGUUAGUUGCCCUUUUAAAUACGAGUUAUCUAAUAAUACUGCAAUAUAGAACAGCAGACCAGAAGCCACCAAUGAAUGGGUGAACUCUUGUCUAACCUUCUAAAUUCAAUGCACUACCAUAGCUCAGAUAUCUCACCACACUCACUGUAUGCUCACUCCUCUGUCUGACCUUUCACCCAGUUAUUUUGUUCUUCCAAUCCCUCCUCCUGCUGGCCCACUAACAGCCAUGGACCAGGGUGGUGGUGUGGCGGUGUGGCCUCGCAUGGAGCCCUUCCUCUUGGGGGCUCUGCAGGUGGCACCCCCUACCAAACUCAGCCUGCACUACCUGCGCAAGAUGGCUGCCUACGUGCGCUCGCGAGAGGGCUGCUUCCCCAUGCUAGGCUGGCUCAUGUGGAGGCACAUUGCCUGUGGCAAGCUGCAGCUCCCUGAGGACCUGGCCUGGCUCUACUUUGAGACCUUUGACCUGCUGGCUGGUCACCCUGCAGAGGAGAGGCUGGAGUGGGCUGAGAACCUGUCCCAGUGCUCCUCCCCCAGAGAGCUGGACCGCCAGAGGAGCAAGUUGUGUGUGGACACGCUGCAGUUCCUCCUCUUCCUCUACAUUCAGCAGCUGAACCGAGUGUCUCUGCGUACGUCUCUGAUUGGUGAAGAGUGGCCAAGCCCCCGCUCUCGCUCCCCCUCCUCGGACCGCGAGGCAAAGACCAGCUCUCAAAAUAAGAACUGGGACGACCAGGCCCAUCUGUCCUUCCUCCAGACCCACCUGUGUGAGCUGCUGGAGCUGCUAGUAGAACCAGGCCAGCUGUCAGGGUCCGGCCAAGCCGUGAAGGACAGCCAGGUCUCUCUGGAGGCUCUACAGGGCCUCAGCCUGCUGCUGGAGGGCUCAGUGUCCCGCGGCCGGAACGUCCACCCCAUCCACAAGCUGCUCUCCAGAGCCCCACUCCAGACCCAAGCAGGGUACUCCAAACUUGGCCGCUCCUUCUCCCUGCACCCCCUGCUGGCAUGGCUCAGACAGGCCCUCGUCCCCAACCCCUUUGGGAUGUCAACCUGCCUGAGGUCUGGGAAGAAGCUGGCCUGGGCUCAGCAAGUGGAGGGAGCUAUGAAGAGAGCUAAGAUCGCCCGGAACACCCACACGGCCCCCCCAGGCAGCAAGAUGGUGCUGAUGUCACAGGUGUUCAGACAGACCCUGGCCAAGGACUCAGACAAGCUAGCAGGAGCUAACGUCAAAAUACACCGCUGCAGUGACGCCUUUAUCUACCUCCUCUCUCCACUCAGGUCAGUGAGCCUGGACAAGUGUCGUAACAGCACGGUAGUCCUGGGUCCCAUCGAGACCAGUAUCCACAUCCAGAGCUGUGAGAACGUCAAGGUGGUGUGUGUGGCUGGCCGUCUAGCCAUAGGGUCCUCCUCCUACUGUACCAUCCAUGCCCUCACCCCCACCCGGCCUCUACUGCUCCCUGGGAACACUGCACUCACCCUGGGGCCCUUCCACACACAUUACCCCUCCCUGGAGGAUCACAUGGCCAGUGUGGGUCUAGCUGUGGUGCCCAAUGCCUGGGACCAACCCUUACUGGUGGGAGUGGAGGGUACCAUCCCAGACCUUGGAUCCUACAGGCUGCUGCCACCCGCUGAGUUCUGCCCCCUUGUGGUGCCCUUCAGGAUGGAGGGGGAUACGUGUGAGGUGCCGGGUGGGCUGCCAUCGCUGUACCAGAAGGCCCAUGAGGAGAGGGAGAAGAGUGUACAGGACUGGCAGAAGAUGGUGAAGGAUGCCCACCUGAACAAGGAGCAGCGGCGUCAGUUCCAGGCCCUGGUGGAGCAGAAGUUCCAUGAAUGGCUGUUGGAGUCAGGACACAGGCAGGAGCUUGAUAGCCUUAUCCCCCCCUGCAUCGCAUCCCAGGACCCCUCGGACAGCGACAGCCUGGAGGCCAGGACCAAUGACACCAGACAGGAAGGGACAUCUAUACGGGAAGUGGGACAGACGCGUCUGCCUUGCUGACUUUUUGGGUUCUUGUUGAUGGAGAUCCCCAUACAAAGCUCUUGCCUUUGCCUCAGUCAGCGGUUUGCCUCAGCCACUAGCACCUCUAAUCCCUUUGUUUGCCUGCUGUCUGUCCACAGUUCCAGGCAGGAUCUGAUCUGAGGAUCAGUAGACUACAGAAGGAGGGUGGUCUGGUAUAGACGACUGGCUCUGUUCUCGUCCCCUUCAUCCAGCUGAGACUGUUGCGUCCCGAUUCUCUACCCUUCUCCUGAAGUGUGUACUUGUACACUCCCUCUCAUGUAUUUAACAACGGUGCGGAUGUGCAGGGUAGAGAAUCAGGACAGAGCCAGUGGUCAUAGAGCACUUGGGGUACAAUACCAUGGUACCUAUUGUUAGCCACACUGGUUAGAUCUGUGUAGUGUGGUGCCUCUGCAGUGGGUACUGUACUAUUGAAAUAAUAGGGAAUCAGGUUGUGCUGUUCAUCCAGAGAUUGACCUUGUUCAGUAUGUAGAAGAAAUGAAUGAAUGUAUUCAUGUGAUUGUACAGUAUGUAUGAUAUUACGUCUUAAUAUGCCUUUUCUGGUAGCAUAGGAGAAAGGGUGUAAUGAAUUUAAAGGUCUGCCUCUUCAACAAAUUCCAAUGAAUUUAGUACCUUCCUAGCCUGAGUGCCAAUCUAUUGUGCUAUCAUGUCAACUCCUUACUACUGUUUCAAAAUGAUCAAUGGAGAUGGCAAGAGCACACACAGAUGUGGGACCAGGCUAGUACUUCCCUGGGAUGGGUAUUUGAAGCCUGUCGUCUUCAGACAACACGCACCUCUAAGAGGGUGAAUGACAGGGCACAUUAGUGUAAUGAGAAGAGAAACAUGCCUUUGAGGGAGCAGUUCUAUUCCAUUAUAUGGGUCAAGGGACAGUGGACCUAAAGCAAAGAUCUGUGUACUGUUAACAUUAGCCUAGCAUGGGCCAGAGGAUGCUGAUGUGUUAGGUAACCUAAGUCUAUCCCUUCUUUGUUAGUCCUCUCCCUUUUCUUCAGUGUGUAGAAGGAUGGAUGAUAUUGUGGUUAUGCCUUACUGCUGUAGCUUAGUUCUCAGUGACUUGCCUUUCAAUUCAAUUGCACUAUGCUUCCCUGCCUACACAAUUACAAUGGAAUUCAUUUACAAUGGUUUCUAAGAGCACCAUUUUGUUAGUUCUCAGGUGUUCUUUAGACAUCAAUAAACUAUUAGUUUUUUUUGCCUUGA